UCCACAUAGUGACGUAUAGUGCACGAAUCAUAAUGUACCUUGUAAUAACUCUAGUAACGAUCCUUAGUGUGGAGGCAAAAGUGACCGUGUACCUCACAGAUUCCCCAAUACAGAAAAUCGGCGGCCGGCUCUACAAACAGGAUCUACUCACGGACCAGUUCAAAGACCCAAAAGAGCUAGCGUACGAUUCGUCAACGAGAAACCUCUACUUCAUGUACAUGGAUGACGCUCUGCAGAAUUCAGGCAGAGCGUACAUAAACGUGAUCACGAAAAAUGCGAAGAAAAUCAACGGAAUAUCAAAGAAUAAGGCAACCGCUGUGGACCAGGAUACCGGUGAUGUGUAUUUCGGAUCCGACAACGGUUUAUACAAGUACGAUCCAGUCUCCAACGUGGCUACUAACAUCGGUCUUUACAAUAUGAACAUUUUCAAAAUAGUCAUCCGCAACAACGCCAUGUUUAUAAUCGAUGCGAAUAAUCACAUGAUAUACAAAAUCUUCAAUCUGGGAACGCGCGCAGUCAAAGUGGGUAAUAUGAGAACGAUUAUGGAACUCGACGUGGACUUCAAAAGGAACAUCCACUUCGUCACGAUGUGCGGUGUUUUCUGUGCGGUAGACGGUGUGGAGGUUGUGAAAAACAGAGAUCUGACCGUCGUUUACCAUUUUCUCAGUGACGAAAUGAAAACGUUCGGAGUGACGGAUGGUGGGCUGUACGAAAUCGACUGUCGGAACGGGACAGCGGCUAAAGUCGCGACUUUAUCAUUUUACCCCAGGAGUAUAAUAUUUGGUGACUAUGGUGACAUUUUCUAUGCAACCGAUGAUAAUAUUUAUAGAUUGACUCCGAUCAAUUCUUAUUUCGUUUACAAUGUCAAGAGGAAUUCCGUUGAAUGAUCGUUUUAUUCGAUAGUAAAUAACGCAGCUUUAAUAAUUUGUAUCUAUUUUAUUUAUUGGAGAUGUAAUAAACAUUUUAAUAAGGAUUUUAAUUAUAUAUUUGUACAAAAUGACAUACACAAGAAUGUAAAUAGCGCUCUAAUUUAUUUUGAAGGGAUUUUGGAAUGUUUAAAAACGAACUUUAGGAAAUGUAAGUGCUGUCAUAUAAUUAUGUGAUAUAUUAGAUAAUAUACUUUUGUUAGUCAAACGAUUUUUAAUUAAACAUUUCUAUCUAUCCACCAUAAACGUAGGUUAUUAUA